CUGGGAAGGAAGGACUGAUACCCAAGGAAGGACUACGAAUCCCAGCAAGCAGUUCACGACGCAGGGACCCAGGAGGAGGAGCUCAUAUCCAGCGGUCCGGGCGGAACCAGGCAGUGGCAGCACCUGGCGCAGGUGACCAUGGGGAAGCGUUACUUCUGCGACUACUGCGACCGCUCCUUCCAGGACAACCUCCACAACCGCAAGAAGCACCUGAACGGGCUGCAGCAUCUCAAGGCCAAGAAGUCCUGGUACGACAUGUUCCGAGAUGCAGCUGCCAUCCUGCUGGACGAACAGAACAAGCGGCCCUGCAGGAAGUUCCUACUGACAGGCCAGUGCGACUUUGGCCCCAACUGCAGAUUUUCCCACAUGUCAGAGCGAGACCUGCAGGAGCUGAGCAUUCAGGUGGAGGAGGAGAGGCGGGCCAGGGAGUGGCCUGUAGACAGCACUGAACUGCCCGAGGGCCGUCUGGAGGACUGGCUGGAGAAGAGAGCCAAGCGGCUGAGCUCAGCCCCGAGCAGCAGGGCUGAACCCAUCAGAGCCUCUGUCUUCCAGUACCCAGUGGGCUGGCCACCAGUCCAGGAGCUGCCUCCAUCUCUGCGGGCACCCCCACCCGGGGGGUGGCCCCUGCAGCCCAGCGUCCAGUGGGGCUGAGUCCCUCACUCCCACCUGGCCCCGGCCGGUCAGUUCCCACUGCAGUCACAAUAAAGGGUUCAUACCAGGAUGCGGAGGCCCCCUCCUGCUGUGCCCCCAUGGAGCCUCUGAAGCUAUUGGCUCAGCCUGGACAGGCCUUGGUGAGGCCCAGGAGCUCCCCCACCAGGUGCAGCCCUGGUCCUGGUCCUGCCGGUCAGCCUCACCCUCCCUCGGUCAUGGGACACCUUAAGAAGACGGGUGAGGAAACUAGCUUCUGGAUGUUUAUGAAGAAAGUCUGUCGCUAUGGUGAUAUGGCUACGCUUCCCCCUUGCCGGGUGACCUCAGCUCACUGCUCUGGCCCCUGGUCAGAGGAUGGGCAGGGCUGGAAUGAUACAAGGUCUUCUUCAGGGUGACGGUGCUUGCUACUCUUCUCCCUUGGGAGCUGAAAGAUGGCAGCCAGUGUGGCCAUGACCGUCACCCAUUUGAGAAGUGGCUCCAGAUCUGGGGAGAGGAGCUCAAGGACUCUGUCUGCCAUUCCCAGUCGUUCCCACACCUGCCCAUGCAGAGCUGGUGCCCGAGUGUGAGCUGGCAGAACUGGGGCAGGGAUGGGAGCUGGGUCUCCAGCCUAAUUUGUGUUGAGAAAUGUGGGGGACCCAGGAAGACAGGUCCUGGGCUUGCGAGAGUGGCCUGGCUGAGCUUCCUGGCACGGACACAAGCCCCUCCAAGGCUUCUGCCCUGGAGGAGUGGCCUGGCUGGUGGGAAGAUCACACAGGCUGCUCAGGCGAUUUGGGGCCUCCAGGCCCCUCUGCUUCCUUCCUCAAUUGUAGUCCAGCUCUAAAUUCUGUGCUAGGGUGGUAGUGGGCAGUGUGGCUCGCAGGCCACUGGGCCUCUCGUCGGGGGCACCCAGGAGGUGGGGGGACUGCAGGCACCUCAGUUGCCCCAUCCUUCAUGAGCUUCUGUCCUUCCUGAAAAUUCUACCGAUAGGGGAACUAAAGCCAAAUCUGGGGGCCCUUUGAGCCUUGGGCCCUCAUCUGUGAAAUGGGCUGGCUCUUUGGCCCCAGUGAGUGUGUGGAGGAGGGCUGGAUUUGAGUCUCCCAGAGGAAGGGACCCAGCAGAAGGCCAGGGGCCUUCUCAGUCCAUGCCAGGAAGUAGGACCCAGGACACCCUGGCCUCACCCCCCUAC